AUGAUGUCGCCCAGGUCCCUCCUGUUUCCCAGGCAGAAUCAAAAUCUCCGCGGGCCCGUCUCCAGCUCGACCAUUGUCUCUUCCGGCUCCCCUCAGAUGUUCUCACCACCGGAUAGUCCACCCUCCACCCCGUCGCCCAAGAGAAAGCAUGCUCGCGAGUUCAACUUUCCUCUCGGGACCCGCAGUUCAGCAGCAAGCGUGACUACCACCAAGAUGGCCGUAACGUCGCGACAACCAGUCAAAUCAAGCCACACGACCCCUACUCCCAGUCCCCCGAGAUCCACGACGACGACUUCCACGAGACCGACUACCCCAACCAGCCCAGUGCAAAUACCAACCAAAUCCAAGAGGGACGCUGUUCACCCCCCAAAACAACGCAACCACCGGUAUCAUGACCAGCGCCGACACCGUUCUAGCUCCCCACGAUGGGGAGACAUCCACUCCCCAGAUGCGAUCCCGCCUUCGGUGGCUGCGCUCCUCGCAGUUACUGCUAUCCCCCCACCCAGGAGUCAGCGCGCACAACGACAGCGCUUAGCCAAGGAAAAGCGCUUGACUGUCGAUUCAAUACUAGAGCAAAGCCAGGAGUCGGAAAAGGAGUUGAGUCUGAACUUCAUCAAAGGACCCCUAGAUGUGCUGUUGAGCCCGCCGGAAGACUUAGAGGACGACGAGCUAUCCAUUGGAGAGAGCACCAUCGCAUCCCCCCUCUCGACCCGGACUGUUUCUUACGAAUCCGUUCAAUCUAUGCCAUCACUGGCAGACUCGUUCUCGACCGACACUGUGUCAUCUGUUGGGACACCUCACAGUCCAAGCAGGGGCCGGAGAAUGCAGCCUACGAGAAGGUCACUGACGCCUGUGUCUUCACCCCCCGGGAAACGAGAAGAGCACCCUCUAUCGCAUGAUGAGGAGGCAGAUGAACUAGACUUCAGCGUGUUCGACUCUUCUCCUGAAACAGAAGAGAAGAAAGGCGGGAUGCGGUCGGCUCUCCGGCCUUUCAGAUCCGUGUUCAAAUCCAACUUGACCUCGAGCCUGCGAGCACUUCGAAAUGCUGCACGCUCCUUUUCAAGCAUGAACAUGCCGUCGAUCCCGCCCGAAGACUUUCUCACUCGCUCUAUACUUACUAUGGAGCCCAAUGUGCCCUUCACGGACGAGCGUAUGCCACCAACCCUGGACGAAGAACCAUCUGCGGCUGUGCGGAGGUAUUUGAAUCCAACUCAAACAGCUCGACUGGAGUCACAGGCAUCGACAUCUUCGCAGAACGCACGCAGUACUUUCACGGCUUCGAUCCAGAUGCAGACCUACAAGGUGCACCGGUCGAGAAGUGCGCCGGCCGGCUCCCGUGCGCAAAACGCCGCGCCACGUUCCUCCAAUGGCGAACAGCCAGCGCGGGGCAAAGAAGCGGGUUUCUCGUUCUCCCCCGGACCAAGACAGCGCGAAAUGCGAGAGAACUCUGACUUCAUUCGCAUCGCCGUUAUGGAGAUGGCCAUGCGCAGGAGCGGCAAACUGGAUGAGCAACGCCCGGGCCGAGCUCGGUGGGCACUGCCUCCCAGGAAGACGAGCACGAAGCCGUACGAGACUGGCGCCGAUGGCGUUCCGGCACGAUGGGUCUCCGUGACGUACUGA